UAUUUAAAGCCUGCCGGUUGGUGUGAGAUCGUAUUCAUACGGUUGACACUGUUUCACAGGGGGCAUUGAUUUCUGCUGUGUGCCUUGUUAUCAAAAACUUGGAUUAGGAAAAGUAAGUAGGUUUUAAGCCGUGGCUACUAAUUUUGUUCCGUGAUUACGGUAAUUUAUGGACAAUAAAUAAUAUUUUUCGACACACAAGAAUUCCAGCACUGGAGUUAAUGGAAGAUUUCAAGGUUCUGGAGAUUGUAAGGCCACCAGCGGUCAACCGCAGACCUUCUAAGGUCAUCUGCGGUCCACUUCAGGCCUGCUAGGUCACCAGCGGUCAACCGCCGACCUGUUAAGGUCAUCAGAGGUCCACCUUAGGUCUCGUAAGGUCACCAGUGGCCCAAACUUAGCCCUGAAUAUCAGCCUUGACCCAGGCCUUCUCAGGUGACCAGGUCCACUCAGAGCUGGUCACUAGCGGUCAGCCAUGAGUCUCCUGUACGACAAGGUCAUCAACAUCAUCAACAAGCCCCCAGUGGAGCGUCAGGAUGGCGAGAUCGAGCAGAUCCUGCCCUGGUUCAGGAAAAAGUCGGAUCUUUUCAAAUCUUUACACACAGAUAUUGUACGGGACAUUGUGAAAAACUGCAAGUUUACCCCAACCAAACGCGACAGCGUCAUCAUCCGGCAGAUGGACAAAGGCGACUGUUUCUACAUCAUCCUAAGUGGCAGUGUGGCCAUCCACAUCAACACCACACUGACGGAGGAGGAGUACCCAGCCAUAAAGGAGACCCAGCUCAUCGAAGAGGCCCUGGUUGAGAGGGAGGCCGCACUGGGGCGCGCCCUGGACAGGACAAAAUACGGAAUUUACGUCGGCAAAAUUGAUGCAGGAAAAAGUUUCGGUGAGCUGGCCUUGAUCAAUGCUGAUUGUGUGCGUAACGCCACAAUCAUUGCAGACGAGUCGACGGAUCUGCUCUCUGUUGACAGGGAUCUUUACAACAGGUCACUGAGAGCCUUCCAGACCCACGAGUUCGAGCAGAGAAAAGAUUUUGUCAGCUCCUUCCCCAUGUUCCACUCGUGGGCGCCCCGCUACAAGAAGAUGAUGGCCAUGAGUCUCAAGAAACAGGUGCUGCGGUUUGAGGACACGAUCGUCAAGCAGGGGAACGCUGUUGAUGGCAUACAUUUCAUCAUCAGGGGUCAGGUGAAGAUUCGUGUUGACCCCCAGCAGCACCCCAGCCAAUACCAGCACCUGUACCCGCUGGGGGACAUCGCCGACCUGGAGAGGGAGAAGGCCAGAGAGCUGCUUCGGAAGGAGAUGAACCUUGAGCGUCAGAGAACAGUCGACAAGAAAUCAACCUAUCAACGCCGAGCAGUCCCUGUGAGUGACGUGAAGAAAACCAAUCAGAAACCUCUAGAACUCUGCUUAGCUGGUGCCAUUGAUGUUAUAGGCGACCUGGAGAUGGCGAUGGGGUUGAUGACCUACUCUCAGACCGUCGAAUGUACAGAGGAGUCGGUCAUUUUCCAUCUGGACCAAAGAAACUACGACCGUCUGAUCGAGAAGCGAAACCCCGGCGCCCUGGAGAUGCUGAGGGACAUUGUACACACCAAGCUGACCCUCCACUUCUCGCGGCUGAACGAGGAGACGAUCCCACUGUACAGGUACUUCCUCUACACCCUCGACGAGAAGGAGAAAGAUGCCAGACUCAAUGCCAGAACCCCGAGGUCACGGACCCCCCAGGACAUGGACGUCAACGUGGAGAAUCUACAGAAAGGGCCGCUUGUUAACAUGUACGGUCCGGGCAGCGUUUUUUACCUCAUUCGCAAGAGAGCUAAAGAAAUGAAGGCUAGGCAGAAGAGACACAUGAACAACCCCGCUUCUAAUUUUAGAUUCGGGGGCGUGGCGGCCAAACCGUCAGUUAUGGCUGCCGUGAAAACUUUAGCAACUCUGACCUCAAAUGUUUAUGGUUCUAGAAAUGUGAACACACAGAACGAGGAGCCGACCUCUGCCACAGCCUCCAUGAUCAACUUGUACGGGGCGGCAGAUCCAAAGAUGAUCACAGAGUUGGAUGAUGCAGACUAUGCUGAUGGCGACGGCUACGAGACGAACUACCUUGACCUUGAUGAGCAGUACGACUGGGCUAGCAGUGACACAGCCCUCAGCAAGUUGGAAGAGAGGCUGACCCGUUGGCACAACAGCCUGCCCACCAUACAGAAGGGCAACUGUGUCGUCCCACUACACCGGUUUCAGUUUGAGGACGAGCAUAAGCCCAAACCCGGCAACAAAGUAUAUGUUAAACUCAAAUCUAAGCCCAAACAUGUGUCUAUAUACGCUUUACAAAACACCACCAGGACUGAGGACUUGACCGGCUCACACGACAGACAGAAUGGUCAGAACACAAGAUCAGUAUUAACCAGCUUGCGAGUCGUAGAAAAUGUAAAUGAUAGACCUAUUGAUGACUUAUCUGAUCACGCAGAUCGGCCGAGCACAUCUCUGGGUUUACAGCAAGUUAAAGGGCCACGCAGUGAGCACUCGGGUUCGGCAGGGUUUAAACAGAAAAAACACAAACAGUACACGGCGGAGGAAUACCAGGCUCUCAAGGCGGAGUUGCGACGUAAACAGAAGGCGUGGCUACCUCUCAUGCCACAUAGAGCAGCCACAGUUAUUUAGUCUUAGACCUUUUCAAUUCUGUUUUUAAAAUGUUCGGUCAAAACGUGAAUCAUUACAAUUGAAAUAUACUGUUCUUAAUUGACUUGAUGGGGAGACAUUGAUCAAAUAUUUAAAUCACUAGGUAAUUCAUUAUCUUCUUAAUUAAUUAAAAUCUUAUUUUAAGAACCUGAACACAAGAAUCAUUAGCCAGAAUGAUAAAAUUUUAAACAUUAUAAGAAUUGCACGUUUCAUAUU